GACACUCCAUUACUCCCAGCCAACAUGAGUGACAAAGAAGCGGCUGUUCCCAUCUCCAGGAAGCAGCGGCUGAUGGCAGCGAUCAGCGGCGGGGAACUCAGCCCAGGCCGCUUGCACUGCUUCAUCUGCGGGGGCCGCAUGAGCCCCGGGCGGGAGCAGAGGCUACAAGUGCGGACCAAGUGCUGCCCCGGCUCGGCUCGCUUGCCUUACUUCCCGUUCCUCUUGCAGCAGGAGCCGGCUCCCGGAGCCCGGGAGGUGAGCGCCGACGGCUGCGUGUUGUCGUGCUCCGUGUGCCGCUGCUUCUUGUCCGAGCAGUGGCAGUCGUUCGAGCGGUGCCGCACGCCGGUGGACAAGCGCAUGUAUUGGCUCAAGCGACCGCACCAGUGCGACGGCCGCGGGACGUCCCGCGAGUGGAACCCCAGCCCCGCUGCCCCCACCACCGGCCGCGACUCCGACCUCUCCUCCCUGUCCGACCAAGAGCUCUCGGAGCCCGAGCAAGAAGCCCUCCCGUCCCGCCGCCCCGACCCCAGCCCCGGGCCACGGCUCAGCUUGUCCCCCGGGGGCAGCGACGGCAGCGACGGCUGGUCCUCGGAGGACGAGAGGCAGGCGGCCGGUGCCAGGGAGAACGGACGCCCCGGGCAGCUGGAGGGGCGAGGGAGCGGGGCGAUGGGCAAGGGGCACUGGGCUUGCUUCAUCUGCGGCGUCGGGCUGCCCCAGGGACGCCAGCACCUGGUUCACGUCCACAAGCAGGAGGGCAGCACGGAGCGGCCCUUCUUCCCAUUCCUGUGGCUCCACUACCCGCCGCCCGGCGCCAGACCCCUCAGCCCCGGCGGCAGCACCUGGGUCUGCUCCUUCUGCCACGUCUCCCUCAUGCAGCAGUGGCAAGGCUUCGAGUUGGCCAAGGUGCCCGUGUUGCAGCGCCUGUACGUGGUGCCACUGAAGGGGGAUGUCCCCGGCGGGCAAGGGGAGCGAGGAGGCUGCUAUCUCUGCGGCCAGGACUGCGGGCAGGAGGCCACAUCCAUCUGCUCCAGGAGCCGGGGCGCCAGAGACCCCAUGUACUUCCCAUUCAUCGACCUCCUUCCCUGCCCGCCCAACGCCAAGGCCAUGAGCCAGGAGGGAGAGGUGUCUUGCUGCAAGCGGUGCCGCAGGGUGUUGGACGAGAUGUGGUCCGGCUCGGAGAGGGAGGAAGCCAUCUCCUCGGUGCAGUCCUUCCUCGGGAGGUAUCUCCAGACCAACGCCCGGGCCAGCGCGGUGUGCCGCCGGCCGCCAAGGACGGCUCACCUGCCCGCCGCCGCCUGCCUGCUGUGCGGGACGGAGCUGGAAGCGGGCCGGGAGUUCCAGCUCAGCGUCGAUCCUCCCACUCGCCAGGGCGAACGAGAACCUUUCUUCCCCUUCCUAGCCGCCCGGCGUCGGCCAGCCCGGGCGGAGUCGUCGGGACCGGUGCCCACCUGCCUGCUGUGUUGUCACGACCUCCUGGAGCAGUGGUGGCAGGGGAAGAACUCUCAGCAUCCGAGCAGCCCGUGGUCCCGCCACUACAAGGUGGACUCCUUCGUCUGCUUCUUCUGUAGACAGGAGAGGAGGCGCUACCUGGGUCUGAAGGCGGUGACGGUGACCCGGCUGCCCGUGUUCAUCUAUGCCCCGCGGGUGCCCGACGCUCUGCUGGUGGACGAUGGCAAACAGUUGACGAUCGGCACGUGUGAGGAUUGCUGGGCUAUGGUCUUGGCCGGGAACUCCGCCAAACAAGGGAGCCGAGUGGAUUCUCUAUCUCCAUCCCAGAACUCUAAGGGUCUGCCUUCACCCCCUCAGCCUUCCAGUUCGAGCAAGAAGCCGGCGGCAUCGCGCACUCCUCUGGCCCGCGAGGAGAGCUGGGAGGAGAGCAGAGAGCAGGGCAGCACGGACAGGGUCCCGACCCACUCCCCUCCCCGGCCCACGGCACAUGCCGGGAGCUCGGACCACGAAACCACAAGCAUGAGCCAUGAGCCAAAGGCACCUUCACUAGGAAUGAUUUCGACUGCGACUCGGACGACAGCCACCGUAAGCCCCCUCAACCCUUCCUCCCUCAAUGGCUCCAUAGUGCCCAAUGGCAGCCCGGCAGCUAACAGCACCUUGCCUGUACCAUCAGCACACUCUGCCAGCUUUGCAGCCGCGCUCCGAAAACUCGCCAAACAAGCAGAAGAGCCCAGAGGAUCUUCGAUAAGCAGCGAGUCCUCUCCAGUCUCCUCACCAGCCACCAAUCACAGUUCUCCUGCCAGCACGCCCAAGCGAGGUCCGAUUGGAACCAUCCUUGUCCCACCUGCCGGUCACAGUGUUCCCAACACUCCACCAGUGGUGACCAUUGCCCCAACGAAAACCGUCAAUGGAAUCUGGCGGAGUGAAAGCAGACAGCUAGAACCAGUGGCCAGGGGUCCCAGCAGAGAACGAAUGCACGCAGAGGCCCAACAUCAGUCGGAGAAGGGUCCCCCAUCCAUUACCUCUCACCUCCUUGGAACCCCUUAUGCAUUUGGUCUCACUCACAGCACAGUGGUUCAGGACUCCCGGUUCCCUCCUCUCAAUCUUCAACGUCCAGUUCCACAUGUGGUCGCCACGGGCAGUGUCCAGGAAGAUUACCUCCGCAGUUUCCGGCCAUACCACACGGGGGAAGAGCUCCGCAUGCCUGCGAUGUCGCCAAUGGGCCUCGAGGCAGCUGCCACUGCCUACUACCACUCCAGCUAUCUUGCCCACCACCCGUUCCCUCACCCAGCCUUCAGGGUGGAUGAUUCAUACUGCCUCUCAGCCUUGCGGUCACCGUUCUACCCGAUCGCAACCCCGGGCACUCUGCCACCUCUUCACCCCUCCGCCAUGAAUCUGCACCUGCCUGGGAUGAGGUUUCCAGCGGAGCUGUCUCAUUCCUCACUGUCUGCCCUGCAGCCUGAGCACUUGUCAGAGAGGCUGCAGAUGAAUGAAGAAAUUCGCCGAGAGCGGGAGCGGGAGCGGGAGCGGGAACGGGAGCGGGAACGGGAGAAAGAGAGGGAGCGGGAAGCCGAGCGGGAGAAGGAGAGGGAGAAGGAGCUGGAAAGGGAGAAGGAGAAGGAGCGGGAGAGGGAGCGGGAACGGGAGCGAGAGUGGGAACGGGAGCGGGAGCUGGAGCGGGACAGGGAACGGAGUCGGGAGAAGGAACUGAACGCAGCCAAAGCGAUGGAGAAUCACUACCUGCAAGUGGCCGAACUACACGGUCUACGGAACCAACACAUGGAGGACAGGGCCAGAGCUGCGGAGAGGCUGACCCCCAACAGGACAGAUAAGCCGAAGGAAUUUGCACUGACAGGGUCGAAGCCAAUCCAUCCAAACCUGCACCAUUCUCCCAUCUCCCACCACUCGGUACCCACCCUCAUCUCCACCCCGCCCGGCUUCAUCCCACCAGGAAGCAGCUCGGCACUGCUCCUGCAGAGGAACAACGAGGAAGAGAAGUGGAUGGCAAAGCAACGGCAGCUGAGGCAGGAGAAGGAGGACCGGCAGUACCAGGUGUCCGAGUUUCGGCAGCAGGUUCUGGAGCAACAUCUAGACAUCGGUCGACCGGGCUCCCAGAACGAGGUGGAGCUCAGGGACGUUAUCAGAUCUGGACCGAGCAGCUCGCACGACCUCUGUAGCAGAGAACAGCCUCAGCAACUGGGAGCCCCUCCGCCCCUCAUCUCCCCCAAACUCCACCCCAGGGACCACCAUUCGGGCCCAGCCGUACUGUGGAACCCGGUGAGCCUGCUGGACAACCACGCCGAGGCCCGCAAGGCCCACGAGAACCACCUGCUGAACAACUAUGCCGGCCACUUCGAAUCGCCACGGCAACUGGGCCCGCUGAUCAAGACGGAGAUGAGCCACGGCCAUGAGGAGAGCGUCAAGCGGCAAGAGGUGGCGGAGAAGUACCAUCUGCUUCGAGGGGCCGGCUCCUUGGAGAACGCCACGCAUUCCCACGUGUACGGGCCCCCUUUUGCCGAGCUGGAGAAGUCCGCCCAGUCCAUCCUCAGCCAGCAGAGAAUGUCCCUGACCUUCCCCCCACACCACAAUGACGUGAGCUUGUUGCACAAGUCGCCGGGCGCCUACAGGCAGUCUCACGGCCGGCCGCGGUCUCCGGGCCCCAUGUACAUCUAUGACGAGUCACUACACCGACACCGCAGGCUGGUCAGCAAGCUGGACCUCGAGGAGAGGAGACGGAAAGAAGCAAAGGAGAAAGGUCAUUACUAUGACUUUGAUGACUCGUAUGAUGAAAGCGAUGAAGAGGAGGUUCGAGCACAUCUCCGACGCGUCUCCGAGCAGCCGCCACUGAAACUUGACGAAUCUUCUGAGAAGCUGGAUUUCCUACGUGUUUUUGGUCUGACCACCCAGGCUCGGAGAGAGGAGGUGCUGAGGCAGAAACGUCGCAAGAGGCGGCGGAUGCUGAUGGAGAGGAGCCCCUCGCCUCCGCCGGUCCCCAGCAAGAGGCACGAACCCUCGCCUCGGCUGCUGCUGCCCAACAAGUACACCACCGAUGAGAUGAACAGCAUGCCUGACCUGGCGGAGAAGAAGAGGUUUCUAACAUCGUUCAGCCUUGCUCACAUCCUCCCAGAGAAACGGAAGGAAAGGGAUACGCUGGCGAAGAUGAUUCAGUCCAUCAAACAGAAGGCACAACCUUCAGACGCGCUUUUUAAAUAUGUCACUCCUCUGUCAUGCACCAGUCCCAGCUCUGCUGAGACCAAGGAGAAGCCGAGUGCACCUUCGGCCGUUGAGUCCGACAGGCCUCCGAGUGCCGCCCCGCCCCCGCCGGAACUCCGGAGAACCGCUGAGCCGGUCAGACCGGACCCGCCAAAACCUCCAGAGGCGGCCGCCAGGCCGAAGGAGGCAGCGCCGCCCGGUAACAAGAGCAGGGCGCAGGAGGGGCAUGCUGGCCGGAGGGCGGUCAGCCUGCACAGUAACGCCGGGCAGAAGAACAGUCCUGGCUCCGCCACCUACAGCACGGGCGAGAAGAGCAAACCUUGGGAAGCGUUCAUGGCCGAGGACUUCGCCCAACAGUUCCACGAGUCUGUAUUGCAAUCCACACAACGAGCAUUACAGAAGCACAAAGGCACCACGGCGACACUAUCCGCUGAGCAAAAUCACAAGCUGGACACCUCUGUCCGAUACAACAUUCCAGAAAUCCACUCCUCCGGCAGAACACAGUUUACGCAUCAGAACGGCCAGCACGCUGCCACCCUGACCAGGAAAGUGGUUGUUUGUGAGCAGGAGGAGGACUCCGACAAUGAAGACGAGGAGGAAGAGGAAGAUGCAAGGCCUUUCCAUUCAAAAUGGCAGGGCAUUGAAGCCGUCUUUGAGGCUUACCAGGAGUAUGUCGAAGAGCAAAAUGUGGAGCGACAGGUUCUACAAGCCCAAUGCAGACGCCUGGAAACGUUUCACUAUAACCUUAGCCUGUCCGCAGAGCAGCUAUCCCUCAGCAUGUCGGAACUUUUGGCCCAGAAGCAGAAACUGGCUGCAGAAAGGGAGAGACUCCAGUCCGAAUUGGACCACUUAAGAAAGUGCCUUGCACUGCCUACAAUGCACUGGUCUAGAAGCUACUUCAAGUCCUUUCCAAGGUGACAGCCCUAUUAGCUCAGCCAUGGCAUACAGAGACUAUUUUAUUAUCCUGGUAUUUAAGAUUCCCAUUGGAAUUGAUACUCUAGGCAAGACCUAAAGAAACACGCCACACAUGAAGCGAAGGGUAAAAGGAUAAACCGCCUAUUGGACGAACAUUGCAUUGCAUAGAAAACAAGACUUCUGGACCUCUCUAUUUUUUACAUACAUUUGCUUAAAGGAACACUCUCUUUUCAUCCUUGUUUGAAUUUCUGAUUAUUAUUUAGUUCCUCAUCUCUCUUCCCCCCCCCCCCGAAUCCAGUUGAGACAGGUUUGCAGGGGGUGGUCUCAUCCGGACCUCCAGAGCCAACACUAAUACAUCCAAUACAAGUAGACUGGACUGUCUCAAUUCCUCUGUACUUUCUUGAUUCGAGUGGCUUGCUACAACAACCCAAGCGAAACUGUAGCAGUUCCUGCGUGGACGUUUCCUUGAUCCGAAGAUGAGCAACAGAGAAGAGCCUGGUGGAGAAAACCACAGAUACUGACCAUGUGCGAUUGAAGGACCCAUCUCAUUGAACAGCAGCCCGUUUCCACCACUCCCACCAACCUCCCCCUCCCUGCAACCUCGACCAACCUUUCUGCCAUUUAGCAAGAUUCGGACAUCUCUAUACCUGUCCGCACUUCCCUCUUCAAAGGAAAGCCCCCCCACCCCCCACCCCCCACUCCCCGAUAGACUGGUUGGUUCCUCACUCUGCCCCCUUGCACUGCAACUGAAUCAGACCAUGACAGUUCAAGACUGGCUCAGAAAACGAGGCUUUUUAUUACAGAAAAAUGCACUUAAAGCAAUUGCAGGUACAUUUUGAACCAGAGACUAUUAAAUCACACUGAUGCAUGUUACAACUCUGAGUGUGCAUUAAGUCUGGAAAGAUGGUAGCCUAAAGGGCGUUUUUUUUUAAUUAUUAAAAAAAACAAAAUAAAAAGGAUUUUUUCACAAAACAAAAGAUGCUUUGCCUUGUACUGUAUAUAAACAAAAAACAGAUUUUGUAUGUUUUUAUUACUUUAAUUAUUUGUAUUAAAGCUUGCCAUUUUUAAUAUG